CAUUCAGGGAAUUCUGGAAUGCAUAAUCUAGUUGAUCUCUUUUGGACACUUUGCUCCACACCUUUAUUGCAGUUUUUUACUACAUUUUGCCGCUUUUUCCUGACCGCUCCUUAGUAGGAUUAAGAAACCUUCCAUUAGCAAAGCGAUGUUAUGUUUAACAUCCUGAGAAAAGGCUGCCAGUAAAUCCCACUCAGGAUUAUAUGAACCACCACCGUUACAGCCGGAGAACAUGAUCUUUCCAACACGUAUGCACACACGCUCAUCUUCAUCAGCAUCAUCAGCCAAGGGUAACGGAGGUGUGGCAUCCUCAAAAGUGUAUAAAAGUCAGUACUCGACUGCCUGAUUCAUACAACACUCAGGUGAGUACGAUGUCACAUGACUUGUACUUAGACUACAUAAUGUGUGUGUUAUGAGAUUUAUUUGUUAGCAUAAGCUGAGCUUGUUGGCCGUGCAGGUCUGUGGAGUCAUGGCCCCAAAGAUGUUGACCCUGGUUUGGACCAUCACUGCUUUUUGGUGGAUCAACGUUCCAGAAGCAUCAUGCGCCGCCGUAUUCUUUCCAUCUUGUCGCACCGUCCUUCAAAAAGUAUCCUUGGAGAAAGACGGAUGUCAAUCGUGUCACAUCGUCGAGGCGGCCAUUUGUGAGGGUUAUUGUUUCAACAAGGACCCGGUCUACAUGGAUGCUCCUUGGCUCUUUGGCCCCCAGAAAGCGUGCGUGUACGAGGAAGUGCGUUACGAAAAGUUCAAGCUGUCCAACUGUCUUCCGGGAGUAGACCCGUGGAUCAAGUACCCCGUGGCUAUCAGUUGCAAAUGUCAUGGCUACUCUCCUGAAACGACAUACAAUCUCAUGACACCCAACAAACCUGACCAAUGUCUUCAUGAUGACUUUGACCAAGAUGGCUAUAAAGUCAUCCACUAAGACCACGUCACCUUCAAGCGCAAUCAAUUGAUGGCAACUGGACUGUUCAGGUUGUCUUACGACCUCGAUUUCCAAAGUGGGGAGUUUCAUCUCAGUGUUUCAUCUUGAAGAUGUUCCAAGCAAACCUGUCACUGCGGGUGGAGAUUCACCUGAAAAUUAUCAGUCUUUUUCAGUCAAGUAUGCAUUUUGGUAUUUGGGAUACUACAGUAAACCUCGGAUAUAUCGGAUUCAAUUGUUCCCACUGGUUUUGUCCGAUAUAAGCGAAAUCCGUUAUAUGCGUAUACCGGAAAAUGUCCGUUUUACGCAUAUAUCGGAUUUAUAUCCGGUAUAUGCGUAAAUCGGAUUUUAUCCGUUAUAAAAAGGCACUUCCUUGACUAUGUUUCCAAUGUACCUGGACGCGCAGGCAACGCUGCAAAUGACGUCGUAUAGCGGCCUGUCACGAUUCGGCGAAUCGGAGCGCCACGAUGCGGCCAUCCGAUAUAUGCGAGGGAAAUUUCAUGGAAAUGCAUUGGAACGGGACUGGAGAUUUUGUCCGAAAUAGGCGAAAUCCGUUAUAAAAAAUCCGAUAUAUGCAAUGAAUUUUUAUUGGAAAUGCAUUACAGAAAAAUCGGUUCUUUUUUAUCUGUCCGUUGUGAGCGAAUUUCCGAUAUAUCCGAGUCCGAUAUAUCCGAGGUUUACUGUAUUAAGAAGGGCGUAGUGCAGGGGUGUCAAACUCCCUUUGGUCUGCGGGCCGAAUACAGCUUAAUUUGAGAUCAAGCGGGCCGGACCAGUAAACUCAUUGCAAAAUUACAUAGAACUAACAAUAAGCCCACUUUUUUCCUUUGUAUUAGUCACUAAUACUAAUAAUUUGUGCAAAGAAUGAGUAAAUUAUCAAAAUGUUUAUUAACAGAAUUUUCCUUUUACAUUAUGAACAAUAUAUUAUGAACAAGAGAAUAACAUAAGAACAUAAAUAAAGUAUGUGCAAUUUUAACAACACUUUUACACAGUUAAACAUAUAUUUAAGUGUGUUGUACAUAAAACUGAUCACAGAAUUAGUAACAAUGUUCCAAAAACAUUUAUACCAGCCUUGUGGAACUUAAAAACACUGUUUUUCAACAUCUGGAAAGCAAAUUGAACAAAUGAAUAACUUUCACAGCAAUUAUUCGUCUUGCUUGGAAUUUGCCCUUGAAACUUGACAUCGUUUAUCCUGCACAAGUGCAUCAAUAUGAGGCAUCAUGUCCUGAGAAGCAGCCAAUUUCAGAAUCUCAUUCAAAUGCUUAUGUGUGAGCUUUGAGCGCAGCUUUGUUUUAUUAAUGUUCAUUAGUGAGAAAACUUGCUCACAAAGGUAGGUUGUCCCAAACAUGGACAAUGUUUUAGCAGCUAGUGCUGUCAAUGUGGGAUAGCCUGGUAGGAGGUACUUGUAAAAUGUGUCCAAGCUUACAGAGGCAAAUCUGUCCUUCAGUUCUACAUCACACUGCAAAUCAAUGAUUUCAAGUUGCAUGGCAACGGGCAAAUCAGAAGCUUUGACUGUGAAUGGUGAGCGAAAAACUGCAAAAUCUGUUUCGAGUUCGCUAAAAACCUGAAAUCUUUUCUCAAACUCCAUCAACAGCCCUGAAAUCUUCUCUUUGUACCGUUUCACGUCAGAAUUAACGCUUGCUGCGCACAUAUCUUUUAAACAGGGAAAAUGCGCCCCCUGGCGGAUAAUACAAGAACUACAACUUUUAAAUUAAAUUCAUAUUUUUUUUAUACAAUGCAGCUUUCUUCCCCGGGCCGUACCAAACCACCAGACGGGCCGGAUCCGGCCCGCGGGCCGUAUGUUUGACACCCCUGGCGUAGUGGUUCCUUAAGAGUUGGGACACCAUGGAAAGAUUCCGGUCAGAUAAUGGACACUUUAUACUCAACAGGCAGGAUCAAAGCUAGCAAACUGCUGUCAGUGCCGAGCUAGCUUUUUCUAAGAAUGGUGCAUUCAGGAGCAUCACAUAACUUCCCGGGCACAAGUUGCAGCUGCAUUCACAGACACGCAUGGAGCACGUUAUUCAUAAUAACAAUUAGAUGCUCUACUUAUAACAGAUAUCGAUGUUGAAUAGACUUUCGCACAGAUGCUACUUGUUAAAUGGGGGGUACAUGGCUUCAGGUCAAAGGUCUGAUAGGGUAGGCCGCUGGAAAAAGUUUGGGAACUACUGAGACGACUAUCUCAGACGGGGGCUGUCCUAUUAGCCAAUAGACCCAAUGAGGUCUUGUAAGACAACAUAAACAGUCCGCUAGCAAUCCGUUCAAUGCCGUACGAAUAGAAUAGAAUGACCGACAUGCAUGACAAUAUUCACAGACACUUUAAGCAGCAUAACAAAAAUCCAUUAAAAAUGUUUUCUGCAAGUU